CCCGCGGGGGGUUGGGUCAUUGUCUUUUAGAAUUUGGGAGCCUUUGAAAAGCCGUGGGCCCUCCCACCGCUAUUGUGCGGGGGAAGAUGUAGCUGCCUCUUCUCCGAACCACCCCUUUGCCUCCGGACUUCUCUGGGGCCAGCAGCCGCCCGACUAGGGGCCCGGGGCCGCGGGCUCUGCCGACGACCAUGGGCUCCGUGUCCAACCAGCAGUUUGCAGGUGGCUGCACCAAGGCGGCGGAGAAGGCGCCCGAGGAGGCGCCGGAGGACGCGGCCCGGGCGGCGGACGAGCCGCAGCUGCUGCACGGGGCCGGCAUCUGUAAGUGGUUCAACGUGCGCAUGGGGUUCGGCUUCCUGUCCAUGACCGCCCGCGCCGGGGUCGCGCUCGACCCCCCGGUGGACGUCUUUGUGCACCAGAGUAAGCUGCACAUGGAGGGCUUCCGGAGCCUGAAGGAGGGUGAAGCAGUGGAAUUCACCUUCAAGAAGUCCGCCAAGGGCCUGGAAUCCAUCCGUGUCACCGGGCCUGGUGGGGUGUUCUGUAUUGGCAGUGAGAGGCGGCCAAAGGGGAAGAGCAUGCAAAAGCGCAGAUCUAAAGGAGACAGGUGCUACAACUGUGGAGGUCUAGACCAUCAUGCCAAGGAGUGCAAGCUGCCACCCCAACCCAAGAAGUGCCACUUCUGCCAGAGCAUCAGCCAUAUGGUGGCCUCGUGCCCCCUGAAGGCCCAGCAGGCCCCCAGCGCCCAGGGAAAGCCAGCCUACUUCCGGGACGAUGAAGAGGAGAUCCACAGCCCUGCCAUGCUCCCCGAGGCCCAGAAUUGAGCCGCAGGGGGUGGGGGCUGGUUUUUUGGCUAUCAGGAAGUUUCAAGGAGCAGGCAUCAACUGCAGAGUGGAGAAAGUGGGGACAGGGUGGGUUGGGGGGAGCUGGCAUUGCCACGUAUCCCAGGCUGGGGUUCACAGCAUCACCCCUUUUUCCCUCAUGCCGGGAGGAAGGAGUGAGGCAGGGAAUUCCAACCAUGCUAUAUCCAAAUGCAAUUAAGGGAUUUGGGGGGGGUAUCACCCUGUAGCCUGCAUGCUUUAUCUGAGGCCCCGCGUGCCAAAUCUCUAGCUUUGCAAAGUCACCUGGAUGGGGGAAGUUUUCCUUUGAAGGAAGGAUAUGGAAUAAUACUUCCCUAGCCAGAGUGAGAAGACUGGUUGUGGGACCAGAUUCCUGGACCCAACCCCCAAACCACUACAUCCUGUGGGAGGGACUCUCGGGAGUAAGGCAGGGUUUUCCACAUCUUGUUUCCUCAUAACUCGAUCCUGGGACAGGGUGCUGGGAACUGUCCCAAGCAGUGGGUUGUGACGAUCGGCAAAAAGGGUGGCUAGGGGAACAGUCACAGACCCGCUGCUCCUGAGCUCACUCCUGACCCCAUUCUGGGCCAAUGCGAUUUAUUUAUUUGCUCCCUUGGAUAACUGCACCUUGGGUCCCACUUUCUCCAGGAUGCCA